CUCGAUAGGUGAGGCCAUGCACAUCUGCUGGAGCUAGCAGGGCAUUGGGCAUGAGGGGAAAAUUUUUAUUUCGCAGGGCUCAGCGUCGCGUGGACUCGCGAUUUUUUAAACGACCACGAAAACGCGUCUUCAACUUACAAAGCCGCUACUGUUUUCUACUCCUAUUUUUUCUUCCUCGCAUUGGCUUUGUCAAUUUUGCUUCAAGGAAUAAUCUAAACUUCAUUCAUAUAUUACAAAUAUGGCAGCCGUCUCACAUAAGCCUCGCAGUAUGACUGCAGGCGCAAGAAAUGUCCUUCGUUCAAAUGAUUCUGCCAGUUUGUGGAAUUGUACUUUGUCUCCAGGCUGGACCGAGGAGGAAUCAGAAACUUUGCGAAAGGCACUAAUGCUGUUUGGCAUUGGAAAUUGGGCAAAGAUCAUUGAAAGCGACUGUUUGCCUGGAAAGACUAAUGCUCAAAUGAAUUUGCAAUUGCAACGACUUCUUGGUCAACAAAGUACAGCUGAGUUUGCAGGCUUACAUAUUGACCCAAAGGUGAUUGGAGAGCGUAACUCUAAGAUUCAGGGCGCUCACAUCAAACGAAAGAACAACUGUAUUGUCAACACAGGUGGUAAAUUGUCGCGAGAGGAAUUAAAAAGUCGAGUGUUGAAAAAUAAGGAAAUGUAUGAGCUUCCAGAAGAGACAUGGAAAGUUAUCGUCCUCCCAAAAGUAGAAGACCCCGCAGCUGUGUUAGAGGCUAAAAAGAAGGAACUUGAGAAGCUCCAGGAAAAGUUGGCUAAAGUCCAAGGUCAGAUUGCUAAAGCGCGAGCUGCUCAUCCUGCUCGAGUGGACGAAUUAAAGGUUUGAAUAAACGCCAACUUGGAAUAGUGUUGUGCAACGAGAACGCUAACCUUUGCGAAACUUCUAGAUCGAGCUGGACAGGUCACCUUCACCUUCAUCACCUGGUCAACAAGUACCCAUGGAUACGCCAUC